CCCUGGCUGCCAUCUCCUGGGGAGUAACAGCUCAGAGUCUUCCUUCUGCCCACCGCCACCACCACCCUCCUGCCACCAUGGUGCACUGGACGAACGAGGAGAAGGCGGCCAUCACCGGCCUCUGGGGCAAGGUCAACGUGGCCGAAUGCGGCGGCGAGGCCCUGGCCAGGCUGCUGAUCGUCUACCCCUGGACCCAGAGGUUCUUCUCCUCCUUCGGCAACCUCUCCAAUGCCGCUGCCGUCUGCGGCAACCCCAAGGUGCAGGCUCACGGCAAGAAGGUGCUGACCUCCUUCGGGGAGGCUGUCAAGAACCUGGACAACAUCAAGGGUACCUUCGCCCAGCUCUCGGAGCUGCACUGCGACAAGCUCCACGUGGACCCCGAGAACUUCAGGCUCCUGGGUGACAUCCUCAUCAUCGUCCUGGCUGCCCACUUCGGCAAGGACUUCACCCCCGACGUCCAGGCUGCCUGGCAGAAGCUGGUCCGCGCCGUGGCCCACUCCCUGGCCCGCAAAUACCACUAAGUGCCAAGCCGAGCAGCUGGCAGAGCUCCUGCAGGCUGCCUCCAGAUGGAGCCAACAGCCUCUAACAGCCCAAUAAAGCUCAGCCUCUGAACCACC